GUGUGGUUGGUGUUGUAUUGAUUAGUAGAGGGGAUGAUUGUGGUGGGUUGAGUGUGGUUAGUGUUUUAAUAAUAAGUUAGUUAGUAGAGCAGUAUAAUGGCAGUGCUGGAGGAGGCUGAUGGUGGUGAGGGGUUGAGUGUGGUUUGUGUUUUAGUGGUUGGUUAGUUAGUUAUUUAGUAGAGCAGUAUAGUGGCAGUGGUGGGUUGAGUGUGAUUAGUGUUUCGGUGAUUUAGUUAAUAGAGCAGUACAGUGGCAGUGGGAGGAGCAGACUGCACCUCCUCCUUCUCCUGCUCUCCAGCCGCAGUGACCCUGCGCUCCUCCUCCGCUGGACAGGACAGCGCUGCUGGAGCAACGAGAAACAAUCUCUCAGACUGAGGAAUUACGCCAUAAUCUCUGAGGACGGACUGUUGGGUUCAGCCGGGAAGAUGGGGAGUAUGUAUAAGGAUGAGCAGGACGACUGGAAGACGGUGUGUCUGAAGUAUCUCCUCUUUGUCUUCAACUUUCUCUUCUGGAUGGGUGGAGGAGUGGUGAUGGCGGUGGGUAUCUGGACUCUGAUUGAUAAAGGGGAGUAUCUGAGUCUGCUGGCCUCCAGCACGUUCGCUGUCUCUGCGUACAUCCUCAUUCUGGCCGGAGCGCUGGUCAUGGUCACUGGGUUUCUGGGGUGCUGUGCAGUGAUCCGCGAGCAGAGGAGCCUCCUCUCCACGUACUUCUCCUGUCUGCUGCUGAUUUUCCUGAUUGAGCUUGUCGCAGGAGUUCUAGCUUAUGUAUAUUAUCAGAGGUUGAGUGAGGAGCUGAAGCAGCACCUGAGUAAGACGAUGACUGAGAACUACGAUCAGCUGGGGAAGGAGGGCAUCACUCGCGCUGUGGACCGACUGCAGCAGGAUUUUAAGUGCUGUGGGAGCAACAACUCCUCCGACUGGAAGCACAGCGUGUACGUCCAGUCUCCAGAAGCCCAGGGAAGGGUGGUUCCUGACAGCUGCUGCAAGACCAUAACUCCAGAGUGCGGCCGGAGAGACCACCCGUCCAAUAUCUACAAAGUGGAGGGCGGCUGUAUCACUAAGCUGGAGCAUUUCCUGGCAGACCACCUGCUCAUCAUCGGGGCCGUGGGUAUAGGUGUGGCCUGUCUACAGUUAGCAGGAGCAGUGCUGACUGCCUGCUUUAUUUAUCUACUGUAUAAAGAAGAGGAAGAAGACUUCUCUGACGUUUGAUUGGCUAGUGCCAAUAUUUGGCACCUGAACAGCCAAGAGGUGACAAGAUAUGUGGGAUGGUGUUUACCUGUUGCCUGCACAGACAGAUAAAGCUAGACCCGUACUGACCAAUCAGCACGUCCGCUGCGGGUCACCCCGACUGCCUGCUGCCAGCCUGCACACACUUUUCCUCUUCUUUUAAAACCCUGAAGUGUAUUAAUGUGCUCUCAGUUCCAAAGCAGACCUUCUUUUAGUGUUUUCACUCUCCGUUUCAGUCUGAUAGGUAUGAAGACACAUCAUGAGUGUGUCUACAGCAAGAGUCUUACCUUUUAAUAAGAUAGGAGUUGCAGCGAGGAUGUAGUGGAAUUAUCUAAUUUACACAUCCAGAUUUACUCAUUUUUAAAAUAGAUUAAAAUAGAUUUAAAAUAGAUUACUAAUCUAUUUUAAUUCAGUGCCUCUGUGAGCUAUAUUAAAUGUUUUAAGACAUUUAAUCUUUAUGCUACUAGAUGUCAGCUGCUAACUGCUGGACACAAGAACUGGACCAAUGUAGUCUACUUGUUGGAGAAUUAUUUACAUUUUUAAAAUAAUGUAUUAGGCGCUGUAUGCAUUAGGAAAAAUAUACAUUUUAAAGUGUAUUGAAAUAUUUUUUGAGCUGGGGAUAUGCUCUGUAAGUGUGUUGUUUUUUUUGCAGGUGUCUGUUAAAGUGAAGCAGCUGAGAGCAGUGAGUACUGACAUGCUGACAUGCUUUCCAGAAUAACUACUGAUAUAAUUGAUUUCUACUCACUUCAAACACAUUUUAAAGUGUGUUUAAAGUUAAAAGUGUGUUUUAAAGUUGAUAAAAAAAUAGCCCAAUGUCAUGCCCCACCAUGUUUGUAUCCUAAAGUUUGCAUCUUUAGUUUUACCACUUGGUGCUACCUAAUUUUCUAAAUAAUGCUGAAGAAAAAUAUAUUUGCUUCUGUAAAAAUCUUUUUUUUUUUUUUUUUUUUUUUGUAAAAAAAUAAUAUAAUAAUACUAAUAAUAAUAACAGGCAUAUAACCAUUAAGUCGACUUCUUUACAUCUGUUACAGGGUUAUAUUUUCCAAAAACAGUUCUUAUAUUGCAAUAUUAAAAGACAUACAGGGGUUUUAUGAUCUCCCAUUUUAAAUUGAUAGCCUUUAUAAAUAUGGAUGGAGUUGGUUCCCUCUUUGAAGCAUCAACAAGAGAAAUGAAAGGAUUGGAUCAGACCAAAUCCCUACCUCUUGUUUUAAGUGUAAGCCUUCCUCUUGGAACAGAGUUAUGACAGGGGAAGGGGUGAAGAACCCAAUCCAGAUAUAGCUGUAGCAAUGUAGCGCUAAGGUUAAGCAAGCUUCAGAAAAGAGGGCAGGUGUUGCAUUAUUUAAGGUGGAAAGGGGAAAGUAAUUUAGCUAGCUAGCUACUGAUCUGAACUGUUUUUAUGCUUGUUAUGAAAGAAAUGGUGAUAAACAAUUGAAGCUACACCUUAAACUGUGAUAAUAUAGUGGUUAUCAUCAUUUUUAACAAGGAAAAUAAUUACAUUUGUGGGUUUCUUUGGUCGCUUGUGCCAGUGCCAUCUUGCCAGUGAUUCUCAUAUCCCUUUAUUUUGGCUGCGUGGGUGAUGUAGCCCUGACCUACCCUUCCAGCCUAACAAGAAUCCAGACUCCCUACUCCUAGGUGUGCACGCCCAAAACAGAGGAAUAGGGCUUAGUGGUGGUAGGGCCAGGGGUUGAAAUGGGAUUUGGCCGUUGUUAUAAGUGAUUUAUUUAAUCUUGCAGUUUGGUAGUUGUCACUAUAUUAGCUACUUCCAUUACUUAUUAGCUGCAUUAGCUUUAGCUCCAAUGCAAAACUACAGAAGCAAACUUUAGAUGCCAAACAUGUUUUGACCACGUUGCCAAACUAUAUCUAUAAUAAGUGAAUACUACUGUUCUUUAUGCACACUUGUGGCAGCCAUAAAGUGGUCUUUUUCUCACUGGGUGCUUUCACAAUGACACAAGAUGGUACACCUUCUUUUAAACCUGUUUUGGGACACUAUUCUUUUAAGUCUAUUACUGGUUUUAUAAUGUCACAGUCUAUGGUGUUCUUCAUUAUGUCUUCUAUUAAUACACCUUCAUUGUAUUCCAAAGUUUUCAGGUCAGGUCUCUGAGCUGUUGUGUGUAAUACAGAAAAAAAAACGAGGCCUUUAAUGGACCACUGCCUUUAAUAUCAUCAGAGCUGUUAGAGCUGUGAAGGUGUGGAUGUGAACAUAUGUGAAACCUCUGUGCACUCGGUGUUAAAUUGCACUACUCAAUCCCACAUAGAAGCCUUGAUAAGGAGUAAAUAUAAACCCGAGGAUGCAAAUUACUUUCUGUACGACUUGUCAACUCAAAUUUUUUCUCAGUUCAGUUCUUGACGUUUUUGCCACCAUAUUUCUUUUAUGAUGAAUGAACUGCACUUACCUGAAGCAUGCCCAGACAGCCAGGAGAUCAGUGUAGCCUCUGCUGUACUGUGUAAUCUGAUGUAAAUGGAACAGUGGAUUACAAUUUACAACGUAGAGCUACACUGCAUCAUGUUUAGAAUUUAUACCAGCUGAGUACUAAUAGCAUAUGCAUUAUAUAAAGUGGACAUCUAUUUUUCUUGCAUUUAAAAUUACCUGCCCUGGAUGUGUGUGUGUACUACAUCUGGGUCAUAUUCAGAAUAUAGUGCCUUUUGGUGUCUCAUAACUUUAAAAGAAAAGAUGUAUCCUUGUUUAGACUACACUAAAAUUAUAUUUUACCAACUUAAUCACUGUUUAAGCUCACUUUCUAUUUCUUUAUUUUUAAUUUAGCAAAAAAUGCUGAUUUCAAGAAAAUAUUGGACUUGUUUCAUGGUAAGGUUGUCUGUUUUGUUAAAAAUUAAAAAUGCAUUAUAAUUUUCUAAAAUAAUUUUCAUUACCCUGCUUUUUUACCAUGGCAGGGUGGCUUAAGCCAAUAUAAUGAAUAUUAGGUGGAAAUAAAUAUUAUUAAUUGCUGAACAUUUAGCAGCAAGUGUCUUCAGUCCCUUAGAAGUAAACCAGUAUAAAGUUUGUGAUAUCACUGUUGUAAAAGGUUAGGCUGUAAAAUAGUUAUUUAAAUAAUAAAUAAUGAUCUAAUUUAUUAAAAAUAUCUUCAAAACUCUUUCUAUACAAGUUGCCAUUUAACCACUUGAUGUAACAAAAAUAACAAAACAAUUAUAUAACUUAUAUUUUAACAUUUUGUUCUAGAAGUCAGGUUGGAACUAGUUCAGUUGAACAUUAAAACCUUUAAUUUUAAAGCAUCUGAAUGGUUAAAUAGUUAAAACAGAGCUGUAGAACCAAAAACUACACUUUUAAAGGUGCUAGUUUUAUUUCCAGCACUAAUAAAUUCUAGAAAUGGGGUCAAGGAUGUUUAGUAUGUGUCACUUAUAAAUGAGUUAAAAUGACUGAGAAUGUGCUGUAAAGAUCUUUACACAUCUUUUACACAUACAUCAGUAUGUGGCCAGUGGGGUCACAAAUGUGACAAACAUGUCACCAUGUUUUCUUUCUUGUUUUUUUUUUUAUUAAAUAUGUAUGAAAAAGUACUUUUAACUAUUGCAACAGACACAAAAGGCAUGUUAUACUGAUACUGACCCAUCUGUUUGUUGCCUAAAUGCCUUAAGACUAAUGUGUGUGCUUCAGUGGAGAGGAUUUUAGGCUUUGUAUAUGCAGAUACAGCAAUGGCAUGUACUGUAAGUGGAUGUAAUACAUGUAUGUGAGACCUUACUUUUUAUACUGAAAGUGAAAUGUAUGUUUUGCAAAAAUAUAUGGACUAUCUAAAGCUA